CAGAGAUAAAGGACACAUCCACUAUCUUGGUACUACAAAGAGUGUUGUACAUGUGCUGGAGAACCUGCUACAAUCUAGCCUUUGCUUCCUUUGAUUCCAUAUUGCUGAGAGUUGGCGGGGUUUAUUGCACUUUGGACAGAGUAAGAAAAGAAUGGAAUAUAGGAACCUUCUCUUUGGCAUCCUUCUCUGCUGCACUUUCCUUACAGCCAGCUAUUGUCACAUGAUAUUUGAGGAAAAGCAGACCACAGACACAAGUGUGGCAAACAACAAAAUGAAGCUCCCGGACCUCCCACCCAUCUCUAUAGUAGACUUAACCAAAACAGCCAAGAAGAUAAGCAGGAAAGAGGCUGAAAAAAAGAAAUCUAUGAAGAGAAAGGCUGAACAAAAAAAGCCUCCCCGGCUGAGACCCUCACCACCGCCUAACUGUGUGGCUACCUGGGCAAGUUGCAAACCUCCCUCUCAGCCAUGCUGUGAUUUCUGUGCCUUCUGCCAUUGUCGGCUAUUUCAGACACUCUGCUACUGCCGAGUGGGGAACCCAAAUUGCUAAACGAAAGCCAGGAAUGCCUCUGGGACUCUGUCUCUCAUUAGACUCAUUGGUUUAUCUUCUGACCCUGUUGGUCUCAUGUGUAUAGCAAAGGAAGCCAGGAGCCUUUGAAGCUGGCUGGCUGACAGGCUUUGGCUCCUUCUAAAGUCAAAUGAAUUAUGGGAUAUAUCAUAUAGGGUUAAUGCUGUCAUAAACAAAGCCAUCGGCAGCCAUAGGAAGCUUGACAGGGAGUGGGAAGGAGAAUUAGAGGCUGACAGCUGAAAGAGUAUUUACAAGGGAGGUGAAGGUUGUGUGUGGAGAUGGAAUAAAGCUUCUCUCCAAAAAGACUUUUUACCACACUUUACAGAAAGUGGACACACAAGCCGCUAAAUAUCUACAAAAGAGGCACAUUCCAGCAGAGUGGCCAUGUUUGUCUAUAGCAGUAAAAAGAGAAACAAUUAAAGGACAGAAGAAGAAAAUGAGUGGCCUCUCUAUCCAGAGCGGAAGCUAGAAUCUAUUGGAAUUAGCAACCCAAGUGCAUGGAAAACAACAUUUUCCUUGCCCCAAUAAUCAUAGCCAUCAUACUUCCCUUGGUGCGGGGAAUGUGGAUAUAUGGAUGAUGCAGGUAUCUACUGGACAGUGCCAUAACACUAAUAUGAAUUACAUGCCUCUUGAAAAUAUAUUUUCCUUAUUUUAGUUUUUAAACAGAAGCUGUGUACUUACUUUCUGGAAUGGAAUAGGUGCAUUCCUGCAUUACUGUUC